AAAUGUGAAAAAAUUCUGUUGUACUAUUAACAUUUUUUCUCUGUGAGAAUAGAUUUUUCUGACAUAUAAUAAAUUAAAUAUGUGUGAAAAUAAUCAAAAAUUGAAAUGGACUCAUUUAAAACGAAGACUACAACCUUCACAUCCUUUAUUUGAGGAAGGCAACAUUGUGUGUUGCUUGUUAACAAAGCAAUUUCCUUUUGAUGUGUCAACAGAGGAAGAAUUCUUUGAGCAAGAAUCCUCUGCUAUUCCAUGUGGCAUAUCAGGCUGCAGUAAAAUUCUUGACAGUGUAAAUAGCUAUGAGUUGCACUACAACAGCACACACAGAAAUGUGUGUGGUCAGUGUAAAAGGAACUUUCCCACCUCCCAUCUCCUAGACAUUCACCUCCUAGAGUGGCAUGACUCCAUGUUUGAUCUUCUGGCCUCAAAGUCACCCAUGUUUCAGUGUUUGUUGGAAUCUUGUGGUGAAAAGUUUUCUACACAAAAAGACAGAAAAAAUCAUGUGAUCAAGUGUCAUAAAUUUCCCUCCAACUUUAGAUUUGAAAGAAAGAAGAAAAUGAAUCAAGGAGAAACGAGUGAUGAAAGUAUGGAGGUACAGAUCUGUAAGCCAGACUCGCAAAGCCAGAGAGUUUUUAGCUACAAAGUGCCAUCUCAGAUUUGCUUUGGACAUGGCUCUGCCCUGGGGUUUCAGAGAGGGAGGGGGAGAGGAGGAAAGAAGGAUCACAAGAAGCACUGGCACCAGGCCAAAAGGGGAGACAAAUCUGCAGUGGACAUUGAGUCUGUGGACAUGAUGGACUUAGCUAUGGCACUAGACACACCAGAGGACAGUGCAGUGGAUAGUUAAAUGAAAUUGAAAAUUGGAAAUUUGUUGUUUAAAAAAAAACUUUAUCUAAAUUGCAUUUCCAAUGUAGAUUGCAUUUUUUGAGAAUAAAUGUUUGAUUUCUUGAAA